GGAGCGAGACGGAGCUGUUUAAGAGUUGGACCACUUAUCUCUUCCUGUUAUUGAUUGCGUACUAAAACCGUAAGCAACAUCCUCCGCUUGUAUUUACCUCCAUUGAGCCGUAAAUCCACGGAGGUCAGCGGGGAUGCCUCUGUCUGACCGGUCGAGCUCCGACAGCGGCAGGGACUCCCGGAGCCCCCGGGCCCGGAGACCCCGUUCUCGAUCCCGCAGCCGAGAGCGCAGCCUGUCCCCCGACAGCUUCGGGCCCAAACUCCCGAAACCCCGCAACAAAGAGAGGGAGCGAGAGGAGAGGGAGCGUCGGUUCAAAGAGGCCAGAAACAUCCGAAGAAUCCGCAUCGGGAGUCCCGGUCGAAGCCGCUCCAGAUCCAGAUCCCGUUCCCGGUCCAGGGAGCGCCACAACAACGGUACCGACAACAACCACGGCCACUGGUCAGAGCAGCGGGACGGAAAACACGGCGGCUUCAAAGACGAGUAUUAUUACCAGCAGCAGAGGGACGACGUUCAGAGGCAAAGACAGGAAGCUUUUAUUGCCAGGCGCCUCCAGGAGCGGGAGCGGAUCGGGGAACUUGGUUGUCCUGAAGUUUGGGGAUAUUCUCCAAGAGUGAAAGAACCAGACUCUGACGAACACACACCAGUUGAAGAAGACAAGAAAAACAGCAGCUCUGAAUCGAGCUCAGAAGAGGAGAAGAAGAAGAAAAAAAAGAAGAAGAAGAAGUCAAAGAAAAGAAAGACCAAGAAGCACUCAGAGGACAGCGAGCUGGAAUCGGAUUCAGAGGAAGACGUAAAGAAGAAGAAAAAGAAGAAGAAAAGCAAGAAGUCUAAGAAGUCCAAGAAGAAGAAGGCGAAGAAGAGCCGGAAAGAGUCGAGCAACUCCAGCAGCGAAGAGUCGGAGGAGGAUGAAGAGGAAGAAGCCGGCGGGCUGUUAUGGGUGGAGAAAACCGCCGUUGACGAAAACAUCGUUGGCCCGGAGGCGCCGCUCACCAUUAUGUCACAGGAUGACAAACCGCUGGAUUUUGGUCAUGCGCUGUUGCCGGGUGAAGGCGCUGCCAUGGCGGAGUACGUGAAGGCGGGCAAACGUAUCCCCAGAAGAGGAGAGAUCGGUCUCACCAGCAACGAGAUCGCGGACUUCGAGAAGUCCGGUUACGUCAUGAGCGGCAGCAGACAUCGGCGUAUGGAGGCUGUGCGUCUGAGAAAGGAGAACCAGAUCUACAGCGCGGAUGAAAAGCGAGCUCUGGCCUCCUUCAACCAGGAGGAGAGGAGGAAGAGGGAGAGCAAGAUCCUGUCGAGCUUCAGAGAGAUGGUGUACAGAAAAACCAAAGGCAAGGAGGAGAAGUGACUGUUGCAGAGUCCCCCUCGAGUUUCCCACUGCUGGAUGUAUUUUCGUGGCUUAGUGUAGUGUCGUGUUACUAAGAUCUCCUAAAAUCAGUUUUCCUUUUUUUGAGGAGGAACUUUUACUGUAAAGUUCAAAAGUUCUUUUAUUUCUUCUUAUCUACACAAGCAGACCAAUAAAAAAAUACCUUCUUAUCUUUAAGAUUCUGUCUGCAUUUGGUAAAGUUAUGCUGAUGAAAAUAUAAAUGUCUAAAAUAACAAAAUAAAAAAAGUCUUUAUCAUUCCUGUAA